CAGUGGCCCUUUAGAAAGCCUCGAGGCGUGAUCGGCUGCUAGACGUAAACAAAGUAGAGUGCGUGAAAUAUUGCACCAUAUUUUUAUACUCUGAUAUUUCGUAACGUGUAUAUAACAAUAGUCAUUACUAGAUGUGCAAAAACGUGGAAGGAAAACUAAUCUGAAAUGAAAAUGGCAGCUGGUAAGAGAAUAAUGAUGGAAUAUACGUGGAAGUGAAUGACUGGGAAACAACAGCUUACAUGGAUCAUGAUUCACCUGCCUGGCUGCUAACUGACUGCUACCACGGAGAGUGAAGGAUGAGUGUGGCUUGUUGCAAUACGACAUGGUUCUGAUAUACAGCUGUACAUUAACUCCAAAUUAAUAUCAUCACAAGAGGAACUAUAGCUAACAGUGCCUCACUAUAGGCAGAACUGAACUACAUUAUGGAUACGCUUGAAGACGCCGUGGAUGCUCGCACUGAGCUUCUAUCUGAUGAUGCGGUGAUAUGUGAGGACAGCUUGCAUGUCAAGAUGUCACAGUUCUUUGGGAAGCUGGCACGGGGCCUUGGCUGGGGCCCACAGCCUACCAAGGUGAACAGUGUCAACUGGAAUGACUAUGCCAAUCGGGCUUUUACCUUUGUUGAAGGUCCCUUUAUCAUUGCUCCACUUGCUGAAGAUGACAUAAAGGAGGAUCCAAAUUUGGCAUUUGAGCUCAUCAUACACAAGGAGAUUAACAGUUCUCGCAAUGCUUACAGCCUUCUGAGGACAUGCACGGAGACUGAGGCCAAGAAAGCAUAUGAGGCAUACCGUAGGAUCCUGGUGCCUCUUGUGGAUUCCUGUGGGAAGGAAGUUCUCUGUCAUAAUGUCUUGCAAAAGAUAUUAGACUUCCACCGAGAGCACACGUCGUGGCAUGUGGCACACAUCACUACACACUUUGGCUUCCUAGAGGCUCUCAAGAAUGAGGAGGUGCUGAGCUAUCUCAAUGUGGCUGAGGCAGAGGAGGGCCUCUAUCCUCUACAUGUGGCUGUGGAGAAUGAGAGUGAGAAGAUCAUUGCAGCACUCAUGGCAGCUGGGGCAACACUGGACAUCACUGAUGCUAAAGGCAACACUCCCUUGCAUGUGGCAGCCACUAAGUCUGUUGCAGUGAUUCAGGCUUUGAAGGUCAAGUUCCAUGCUGUGCUGAACAGAAAAAAUCAUGAUCAGGAAACACCCCUUCUCUUGGCAGCUCAGUGCAGUAAACUUGAGAACAUCAAGCACCUCAUACAAAUUGGAGCCAAUAUAAAUCAUCGCGAGGAAAUGGUGGAUCCUUCCACCAACCCCUCAUAUUGGGAAAAAGUAGAAAAGCUGUGUCAGUCCAAGGAUGUCAGCUCAAAGGAUUUGCACAAAGGAGGGAGCUUGCUUCACUGGGUAAAAACAAGGGAGCUCUGUGACCUCUGCCUUGAUAUUGGCUGUGACCCAAACCUCUUAAAUUCCUUGCAUCAGACACCCUUACAUGUGCUGGUACUGCGGAACAGAAUGCAGUGCAUUGUGACCUUAUUGUGUCGGGGGGCAAAAGCAAAUUGCGCUGACCAGGAAGGCAUCACUCCCUUACACAUGGCCGCAGGACUCUGCUCCACUACUCUUGUUCAGGCAUUUAUUGUCUUUGGAGGAGAAAUAAAUGCUGAAAACAAGAGGGGAGAGACACCAAGACAUCUGGCAGCGGCAUGUAAGGUGGAGGACAAGGUGAAGGCCUCUGAGCGGGACAGAGUGAUCUACCUCUUGCACACAGUUGGUGCUAAAAGGUGUGCAGUGAAGCUUGCAGCAUGUUCGGAUGGCUGUGUGGAGGAAGGAAACUUCAAUGGUGUGCCUUUGUAUGAAAAGCCUCUCCUUCGCUCGCGUUGGGUUAUGGAUGAGCAGCUGUACCGGCGACAAACUUCUGAAUCUAUAAGAUGGCAGUUGGCUAACCGAAACCAUCUGCAACGGACGGGCCGUGUGCUGUGCCUGGACGGGGGUGGCAUCAAGGGCCUCGUGAUGACCCAGAUGCUCUUUGUGAUGGAGGAGGUAUUGGGUCGCCCCAUCCAAGAGUGUUUUGACUGGAUCUCAGGGACUAGUACAGGGGGUUUUUUGGCCCUUAUGCUAUGUAUGGGAAAGUCUGUGCAAGAUGUACAAUCACUUUACUACAACCUGAAGGAGAAAGUUUUUGUGGGAGGACGUCCUUAUGAGGCUGGCCCACUUGAGGAGAUCCUUAUCAAAGAGUUUGGGGAGGACACAGUCAUGAGCACCAUCAAGUCUCCUCGAGUUAUGGUCACUUCCACUCUUGCUGACCGUCUGCCUCCUGAUUUGCACCUCUUUCGCAAUUAUGAGUCCCCAAUGAGUGUUUUGGGUAUGCAAGAGGACAAUGUCUUCAUGCACACUCACCCGCCUGACAAACAAAAAAUAUGGCUGGCAGCUCGGUGCUCUGGGGCAGCUCCCACUUACUUUAGGACAGUUAAGAAAGAGGAUGGCAGUAAGAGAGUACGUCAGUCCUCUGCUGACCCUUGUGCCAGUGAAAAGUUCCUAGAUGGUGGACUAGUAGGCAACAACCCCAUACUGGACACCCUGACAGAGAUAGAGGAGUGGAACAUGGCAGUCAGGUCAAAGGGAAGGGAGUCUGAAGUGUUUACUCCUACAGUGGUUGUUUCCCUUGGGUGUGGAAAGCCCCCAGUAAUGUUGGUUGACACAGUGGAUGUGACAAUCCCUAGUUUGUUGGAUGUACGUAGAGGACUGCAGGCCAUGUACAACCUUUUCAAUGUGUUGGUGGAACAAGCCUGCAGCUCAGAGGGUCGUGUCACAGACCGUGCCCGUGCCUGGUGCUCUACCCUACAUGUGCCAUUCUUCCGCUUUAACCCUCAGCUCUCUCAAGACAUUGCCUUGGAUGAGCAUGAUGAUGAGUGCCUCAUGAGGAUGAUGUGGGAGACCAGGGCAUACAUGAAAUCCCAGGCCAAGGUCCUUGCUCAACUGAAAUCUCUCUUAGUUGAAUCUGACACUAUCCAUCAUCCUACUCCUCUAAGAGUCAGGAGGAGGAGUUCCCACACUGCACAUUCAUCAUCUGCAGAUGCUCCAGACACCCCUCACAAACUGCUGUCAGAAGGUAACUCUCCUGAAGAGGAAGUAAGCUUCCAUUCUACACUUCUAGAUUGUAAUGUAGAGAGCAGUGAACAUGUGCUGCUAGAAGAAGAAGCCUCACCAAGUCACCCUCCUACUCCAGAACCUCUCAUCUCUCCAGACUAUGUGUCCAGCAGUGAGGCACCAUGUUCUUCCCCUGAGGAGGCCUGUGAAGGCUCAGAAAAGACUCCUUCAUCUGAGAGCCCUCUUGACCCUGCCACCAGUAACAUGGCCUGAGAUUUUACAUCUAUGCAGUUCUCUGUUGCCAAAUUUCUAUUGUUGCCUGAUAGCUUUAAAAGUCACAUGACAUAGAAUUAACUGUGUUAAGGUUUAAAAGUUAUAUAGUUUAGGCAUAAAUUAAACAGCAAGGAAGUGCUUGGUAUGAUUAUGUUCUUAUUUUGUGUGAAUCUGAAGGGUCUGCAUUAUUUUGCCUUCACCUUCACUUCCUUUACAAUUGAAAGCUCAUCCACAAAUUAUAUGAUAUGGAACACCUAGACAGCUAUAUCCAACUCUCCUAGUUGGCUCCAACAGAUGAUGGAAUGUACAGCAAUGCAGGCUGUUACUGUACCUUCCACUCUGGAAUCAUGAUUGCUCAUGAGAAGUAUCUCUGAGACAGCCUGAAGGGAUACAAGUUUAUUCUUGUAUUCCAAAUAAAAAAAAAGAAAAAAAGUUGAAAAUACUGUAUUUAGCUUUAUUCAAGAGGGAUUUCUGUAACACUUAUUCAUAUAAUUCAAGAAGUGUCUUUCACUUUGCAGCUCCCUUCCUUCCUUCUUUCCGAAUCCCCAUGAGAUCAAAAGGUGUAUCUAUUUCAAACCCCUUCAAAACUUGUCUAUCUACCUCAUGCUAAUAGAAGGCAGGGAAAUAAUCCCCAAAUAAAGGAAGCAAAGUGCUAUUAAUAUUGAUUGCUUACAAGAUAUCCGCCCACAAAGGACUCCUAAGUUAGUAAUAUGCACAUCCUUAUUUAAGACAUGCAUAAGAGUUGGUAUUAAGUCCUGGAAACUUUUCCUUUGUAUUUAUGGUCUCAGUUGCACUCUCAACUGGCUAUCUUCUUGAUAUGCAAGAAGCGUGGAUAAUUUACAUCUAAAAGCUUCAUAUAUUACAUUUAUCUUCAUAGCAGCUUUAAGUGCUAAGUGUAUAAGAUUACAUAAAAGGUUAGUCAUUCUCCUUUUAUUGUGGUUGCUCUCUAGAGUUUAGUUGAUGACCAAACAGCAGAUCAUGUAGAGCUUUGCAAGGAAACAAGCUAUUCAUGACAAAUCCAUUAGAUCAAAAAUGCUCAAAAUUUACUAGACUGUUUGUGGGUAUUUAUAUUUUUACAUGCUCUGGUGCCUUCAUGAUUAUAGUAAUAGUUUAAGAAAGAUUUAUACUGGAAUUGAGAACAAAACUUCACGAAAACUCUACUUAUCACCCGUGUGGUUUUUAAGAAUAUCCCAAUGAAAGCCCAAAGCAUUUAAGAAUAUGAAACUACUAUAACUCAAACAGUCCCAACUUUUUUAGCCAGACAUAUGACAUACAAAGAGAAUACUUCCAGUUUAGUAGAUAUGCAUUACCAAGUUGCCAAGAUUCAUGAGACCUUUUUGGAUGUGUCAGUUUUUUGAUAAUGGCUAUUGUUGCUACCUUUGUGUGUCAUGGAUGAUGUAUUGUGUUAAGCAGCUGGAUGUAAACAUGAUAGUGUCAAUGACAGUGAAGGAGAUCUGCCAAAUGUAAGAUGAUAUUGUGAUCCUUACAACCAUAACUUUCCUUCUUGGAUGUAUUUUACUCAGCAGUUUUAGUUUGGGCUUUGAUUCUCCUGUGGUGUAAUUGAGUGCAGUUGCUGGUUUAUUUAUCCAGCCUGGCUCACUGUAACUCUUCUUCUCUUUUCUUUGGUGUCUAGUCUUCUAUAUUUCCACAAAUCAUUUUGUCAGGGAAAGUAAUACUACAGAACAAUGCAAGUAUUAUUUUAGAUAGUUCAGUCUGUUGCAUUUUCUUAGUUUUUUUUGUUAAUUAUAAAGUUAUUAUUAUUAUUAUUAUUAUUAUUUUAUUAUUUUUUUUCAUUAUCAUUAUUAUUAUUAUUAUUAUUAUUAUUAUUAUUAGUAGUAGUAGUAGUAGUAGUAUCAUUAUUGAUAUUUAUUUAUUUAUUUUUUUAGGAAUUACUAACUAUAAUAUUAAUUCGUGUGUUUGUGUGUGUGUGUGUGUGUGUACAUACACACUUACAUAUAUGUAUGUCUGUGUGUGUGUUUGAGUGGGUACUACAUGAGAUUAUGCUCAAGUUUGGCAAUCCAAAGUUUCACAAGUAUAGUACAUAUAGGAAUAUAUGGAAAAUGCACUUGAUGUAUAUAUGAGUAUGAUGGAUACUUUAAUUUAGUUGUCAAUUUAAGAGAAAAAUAGUGCAUACUAUUUAUUUACUUGAAUCUUAAGUAGCAUGAAAGGAUAGUCAGCUAAUUUUCUAUAUCAUUAAGCUACUACUGUUGAGCCAUGUGUGAAGUUACAGGUACUUACUCUAUGGAAUUCUGUAAAUGCUGCUGUAAGUUCAGUCUGUUGUUACUCUUGAUAAUGCCUCACACAUCUGGGUAUUUUUUGAGCAUCUUUUAAAAGAAAAGUUCAGACAUAUUAUUAAAUUCCUAUAUUCUAAAACAUUGUGAUAUUUGAUUAUUUUUUCUUAUAACUGUUCACCGAGUUGUACCAUCUAGUCAUCACUCUAUGCAAUAGGCAAAAUAUUCAGAUACAUAAAGAAAAAAGAUUGGAAGUUCAUGAUAGAAAUAAGGUUUGAUAUGACUGAGCAAAACUUAUUGCUCUGAUACUUUGCUAUAAUUGUAACUUUUCAAUUCUCUAAAUAUCUGAAAACUAAUUUCCAUAUGUUAUUGAAUGCAUUAGAAUGUGAAUUGAUUUGUAGUAGUGGUAUUAUUACUAAAAGUAUAUAUAGGCAUUAGACCAGCAUUGUUUUAAUAUUUGUUUUCAUGCGAGUGGUUUUCAUAUAUAUAGUUUUGCUCUUUGUGUGCUAUGCCAUUUUCUUAGAAACAAAACUAGAUGCACAUUAAUCUCUAAAAGACAUGUAGAACUUCUAUAUUAUAAAAAUGUAUUAUGAAAAUCUAUCAAACUGUGCUGUGAAUUGAUAGCUUUGUUUUAAAAAAUAUGAGAAAGGUAUAUUUUUCUGCUUAGGGGUGUGACUGUACUCAUACAGUCAGCCAUUACAUGGAGGAAUGGCAUUUGCAGUAUAUUUAAUUGAACAAAAUGCAUUAAUAUUUCCAUGUAGUAAAUAUAAACUUAGAUUUGGAGCUGAGGUUGAUGAUUCAAAUGUAUGAAGAGGUUGAUGAUUCAAAUUUAUGAAGCAAACAUAAUUUUAAAAAAGAAGAAAAAAUAUACUGCACAGUUUUGUUUCCCCAUUGAUUAGCUUCUGCAAUAAUAUAAAAAACUAAUAAGCUAACAAACAAGAAUUACAAUUUCUCACUCUGCUUCUGCAUAGAUGCAGUAGAAAAUAUGUACUCAUCAUUCCUUUAGCUUUGCUGUUGUACAUCAAUUGAGAUUAGUGUGCGUGCAUCAAAGUUAAUCAUUCCGUAAAAGCAUUACUAGUAUUUGCUUCUGGGAAAUUUUUGAAAUGCAUUUGGAUCCAUGAUAAUAAUUGUUGUACUGCAAUGUUUUCUUUUUAUGUCAGUUUUAACUUACUGGAAAUACAACAAUUUUCACUUAAAAUACGAUACAAGAGGUGUGAUCAUAAAGUUACUGAAUAACAAUAAUACUUUCAAUACAAGUGUUGUUACAUGUUGACAAAGGGCAAAGCUGCUUUAUGGUUUAUACCUGCUGUUAUCUUGCCGUGUCAAAACUUACAAUGGCAUACCACUGAGCAAAGUAUGUAUGUUGGCAAUUAGUGUAUACUUUUUGCAAACUCAAACAAGAUAAUAUGCAUUUACCUGUCUACACAUCAGUCUGAGAUCUUCUGAAAAGUAGGGUAGCAGAGACAAAAAUGUCAUGUCUCACCUCACUACAAGAAUAAAGAUGCUCCAGCCAUCUUAGAUGGUGGUGGUAUACAUAUUCUUCCUUUCCAGUCACACAUUACUAGCAGAUUGUUUUUACUUGACAAGGAGAAAAAGAGAACAUUUUCUUUUAAUUGUGUCCAAAAUGAUUUUAAAGUUAAUUAAUGUGCCAGUAAAAAAGUUUCAAAUGAAGAAACAAAGUAUAAAUUUAUGCAUUUCGACUAAACUAAACUAAACAAGGAACAUUCUCUCUCUCUCUCUCUCUCUCUCUCUCUCUCUCUCUCUCUCUCUCUCUCUCUCUCUCUCUCUCUCUCUCUCUCUCUCUCUCUCUCUCUCUCUCUCUCUCUCUCUCUCUCUCUCUCUCUCUUACUCUCUCUCUCUCUCUCUCUCUCUCUCUCUCUCUCUCUCUCUCUCUCUCUCUCUCUCUCUCUCUCUCUUACAAGUUAAAUGAAUGACAAUUGUGUUUAAUUAAUUGAAAGGAUAACUGUGAAACAAUGCUUCUUGGUGGUGUGGUACAGAAGUGAGCAGCUCCACUUGAACAAUGCCAGAGCAAGCUGGUGAAAAUUGUGGACAAGCAUGAGAUCACUGCUACAUUUAUGCCUCACUUGUCUGCUGACGAUGAACUAAGAGUGCCAAAAUAUUCAGGAAUAACUUGUUACAUUCAUGAAGGCAUUCAAGUAACAAAUUGUGUCAUCCACAUGAUAUUUGAUACAACAGUUGACUUAUCUGGUGCCACAUCUCUUGCUGCCAAUCCACCCGACAUAUUUAGAUGUGCCAAAGAAAUUUUAUGUAACAUUUCAACUUUUUCUUCAAGUUUAGAGGUGUUUCUAUGAUUGCCUAAAAAUGAAUAUAUUUUUGUGUGUAUAUAUAUAUAUAUAUAUAUAUAUCUUGUCUCUGCAAAUGUUUUAGUGACAUGAAGGUUAUGAUGUAUAGACUAUCAUAUUUUCAAAUCACUGAUAUUAUGCUACUUUAUAUUAUUGAGAGAUGAGUGUGAGAAUAGCACAAGACUUCGUAAGGUGUUCACUAACUGAAAAUACAAUUAAGAAUGAAAUAUUUGCUAGGGCUAAUAAAUUGUGUACAGGAGGAAAAUUUGACCAAAUAAUUUUGAUGGCAAGAAAACCUAUUAUCACUGUCUUAGUGCUUAUGCCAUAUGCAUCAGCAAUGUUCAGCCAGUAGUGUCCUGCAACUCUAUUAUGUCUGCAAAAUGUGUUUAGAGUGUUCUAAGAAGUAGUGUGGAACAAGUGGCAGCUUCAGUGCUAGCAAGUAAUGUGCAGCAGGUCAUAGCUAGAGUUUCUGUGUCAGUAAAAACACUUGACCACUUAUUCACACCAUCACAAAAACUGCUGGUGAAAAAAGUACUCUGGGAAAGAAUGAAAUUACAUUAAACAAAUAUGGACGGUAAUUUUUGUAUCACACCUCUUGUAUGUAUAUUUACUACAUCAUUUGUUGCACCUAAAAUUUUUCUGUCAGAUAAACAUUACUCCAUGCCAUAUGGUGACCAAGAACUGGUGACUCCUCACACACCUAGUAGUGCUGCUAAUAGACAGGCAUCACCAAUAAACUUUAUUUGUUA